GCGGGCAGGCAGGCUGACGCUCCUGCUGACCGACAGACCGACCGAACCAGAACCAGGGGGCGCCGCGAACAGGUGUGGGCCAGUGUGGGCCCCGAAAUUAGGCUGCGCCACCAGGGCUGAGGGCUGCCCUUCCCCCAGCUGGUCACUGCGAAGACACCAUGAGCCAGUCAGGGUCUGUGAGCUGCUGCCUGGGUGCAGCCAAGGGCAGCCUGGGCCGGUCUGAUGGGAUGGCCAAGAUGAGCGCCAAGGACCUGUUUGAGCAGAGGAAGAAAUACUCCAACUCCAAUGUCAUCAUGCACGAGACCUCGCAGUACCACGUGCAGCACCUGGCCACAUUCAUCAUGGACAAGAGUGAGGCCAUCGUCUCUGUGGACGAUGCCAUCCGGAAGCUGGUGCAGCUGAGCUCCAAGGAGAAGAUCUGGAUGCAGGAGAUGCUGCUGCAGGUCAAUGACCAAACCCUGCGGCUGCUGGAUGUCGAGUCCCAGGAGGAGCUGGAGAACUUCCCACUGCCCACGGUGCAGCACUGUCAGACCGUGCUGAACCAGCUGCGUUACCCGUCGGUGCUGCUGCUCGUGUGUCAGGAUUUGGAGCAGAACAAGCCCGACGUGCACUUCUUCUACUGUGACGAGGUCGAGGCCGAGCUAGUGCAUGAGGACAUCGAGAGCGCCCUCACUGACUGCCGCCUCGGGAAGAAGAUGCGUCCGCAGACCCUCAAGGGUCACCAGGAGAAGAUUCGCCAGCGACAGUCCAUCCUGCCCCCGCCCCAGGCCCCGGCCCCCAUCCCCUUCCACCGCUAUGGUGCUGGGGACUCUCCCCAGGCCACCAAAAACCGUGUCGGCAUGCCGGUGCCGGUCAGCGAGUCAGCCUUCCGCCGGCGCGACUCUCAGGAGGAGGAGCCGCGGGCCGUGCUGGCGCAAAAGAUCGAGAAGGAGACGCAAAUCCUCAACUGUGCCCUGGACGACAUCGAGUGGUUCGUGGCGAGGCUGCAGAAGGCCGCCGAGGCGUUCAAGCAGCUCAACCAGCGCAAGAAGGCCAAGAAGAAGAGCAAGAAGGGGCCAGCAGAGGGCGUCCUCACGCUGCGAUCGCGGCCCCCCUCUGAGGCCGAGUUCGUCGACUGUUUCCAGAAAACGAAACUGGCCAUCAACCUGCUAGCCAAGCUGCAGAAGCACAUCCAGAACCCCAGCGCUGCGGAGCUGCUGCAUUUCCUCUUCGGGCCUCUGGAACUGAUCGUCAGUACCUGUGGGGGCCCCGACCUCGCGCGCUCUGUCUCCAGCCCCCUGCUCUCCAGAGACGCAGUGGGCUUCCUGCGAGGCCACCUGAUCCCCAAGGAGAUGGCUUUGUGGGAGUCACUAGGCGAGACCUGGACCCGCCCCCGGGCUGAGUGGCCACGAGAGCCUCAGGUGCUGCCAUAUGAGCCCAAGUUCCACAGCGGCUGGGAGCCACCUCUGGACGUGCUUCGGGAGGCCCCCUGGGAGGUGGAGGGGCUGCCAGCCGGCCCCCGUGACGAGCCACCUCCAGUGAGCCGACUAUCCUUCCGGAACCCCCCGAAGCACAGCCUGACAUCUGAGCCCACACCCCUGGGGGAUGCCCUCCCACCGGUCAGCAACCCGCACGCCCACAGCAGAGGCUACGAUCCAGCACCUGCCAUGGGCAAGUACGUCAAGAUCCUGUACGACUUCACAGCCCGGAACGCCAAUGAGCUUUCCGUGCUCAAGGACGAGGUCCUGGAGGUGGUGGAGGACGGCCGGCAGUGGUGGAAGCUGCGCAACCGCAGUGGGCAGUCCGGCUACGUUCCCAGCAACAUCCUGGACGAAGUGCGGCUGGAGGAGGUGGGCACGCCCCUCGAGCAGGCUGGUCCGAAAUACUGGGGUCCUGCCAGCCCCACCCACAAGCUGCCUGCCAACUUCGCUGGGAACAAGGAUGAGCUGAUCCAUCACAUGGACGAGGUCAACGACGAGCUCAUCAAGAAGAUCACGCACAUCAAGGCGCAGCCGCCGCGGCACUUCCGCGUGGAGCGCAGCCAGCCCGUGCGCCAGCCGCUCACCUUCGCGUCCGGCCCCGACGAGGUCCGCGCCUGGCUGGAAGCCAAGGCCUUCAGCCGGCGGGUCGUGGACCACCUGGGCAUCCUGACGGGCCCCCAGCUCUUCUCCCUUAACAAGGAGGAGCUGAAGAAGGUGUGCGGGGAGGAGGGGAGUCGCGUGUACAGCCAGCUGACGGUGCAGAAGUCCCUGCUGGAGAAGCAGCAGGGCGGCUCCGAGCUGGAGGAGAUCAUGAACAAGUUUCAUUCCAAGAACCAGAGGCGGCCGGAUGAGAGCUAGACCUGCCACUGUCCUUUCCUGCUCGUCGACAAUGGCGCCGGCCGGCUGCCCUGCCCACUUCUCCGAGUAUUAUUUUUAUAUGUGCAUGCGUUUUUUACCAAGGAGGUGGACAGGGUGGGUGCCAUUGGCCCUGAACUGGCUUGAGGCCAUCCCACCAGCCUGGCCACCAGGUAGCCCCGCUGCCACCUGGCCCCAGCCCAGCCAGGCCCCACCCACCUGCCCACAACAUGGCCGACCUCAGCCAAACUGCCACCUCGAGGUGCCAGCCCCUCCCACACACACACCUGUCCACUGAGGCCAGGCCCCUCCCCCACUCAACCCCACCCCACUUCUGCUUAGAACUGAACAUCCAGGAGGUUAGGGGGACCCUUCUUCCACCUCCACUGGCCCCCAAACCCAACCACCCUCCCCUGUCCAUAGCUGUUGCCUCCUGCACCCACCUAUACCCUGACACCAGCCUGCCAGCGAGUCCUGCCCCAGCCACUGCCCACAGCACACCCCCUGGCUGCCCCACCCCUCAGUGGCCAGAGGAGGGGUCCCAGGAUAGGAACCCCCUGAAGCCAUGAUGGGGGCAUCCUUUAGAAGAGCAGGGCAGACUUGGAAACAAUCACCCCAGUCGUGGCUCCGGGCACCGCCCCACGGCCCUCGAAGCCCCCUUCUUCCCCCCCUGCCCCCCUGCCUGAGACAAGCAGUGGUUACAGCCCCCAGGCUACAUAUCAAUAAAGCUAUUACAAGUC